AUACAACCACAGUCACAACCACGGAAACUACAACCACGGAAACUGAAACCACGGAAACUGCAACCACGGAAACUACAACCAUGGAAACUGCAACCACGGAAACUACAACCAUGGAAACUACAACCACGGAAACUGAAACCACGGAAACUGCAACCACGGAAACUACAACCAUGGAAACUGCAACCACGGAAACUACAACCAUGGAAACUACAACCACGGAAACUGCAACCACAGAAACUACAACUAUGGAAACUGCAACCACAGAAACUACAACCAUGGACAUUACAACUGUUGCAAGCAGCAUAAACCCUACUACUGUUAUAGCAGAUACAACCACAGACCAAACCACGGAAACUACAACCAUGGAUAUUACGACUGUAACUUUCUCCACCCCAAGUGUUGACCCCUGCUACACCUAUACCAGUCUGGAUGAGCCUCAGAGAAGCGCUGACUAUUCUCACUAUACAAAUUUCUUUGUGUGUGAUUAUUAUGUGGAGUGGAAUGGCUGGUACAGGCUGUUCUACAAUGGCCAAAAUGCUCAGAUGCCAGAAUCAUGUGUUUAUGAUGGCAUGUGUGGCACGUAUUACCCACUGUGGCUCAGCGGCCCUCACCCACAGCUGGAAGAUGGAGUGGUCACCCGUCCGGUCUGUGUCUCAUCAUGGAAUGGCUGCUGCGCUUUAACAUCCCACCCUAUAAGAGUCAAAGCCUGUCCGGGAAAUUACUAUGUUUAUGAGUUUGUCAAGUCAUCAGUUUGUGGAGUUUACUGUAUAGAAGCAUCAAGUCAGUUCAUCUCAUCAGCGUCUACAACAACAGAGACAAUCCCAUCCACAGAAUCCAUUACUCCACCAAUCACAAACACUGGUAAAGUAUUGUCUUACUUCCUUUAUAAACUCUCAUGAGCAUCUUUUUGAACAUGUGAACAAGUUACUAACCAGCAUGUACACAUACAUAAAAGAACCAUAGUUUCAUAAUCUUUCAUAUAUUUAUAAAUUUUUUUUCCUUCAUUGUUGGUAUCCAAUUAUUAUACACCCAUUUGCCUAAUGAUAAUAUAAUCUAAUGUAAGGAACAAUCUGGGGUGCAUUUCCCAAAAAGCCUCAUUAAAGUUAAAUUCUAGUUAAAUUCUGUUUAUUUAACUGUGUGUGUGUGUGUGUGUGUGUGUGUGUGUGUGUGAGUGUGUGUGUGUGUGUGUGUGUGUGUGUCUGUCCAUACGUUUGUACAUAUGUAUGUUUACAGAGGAGACAUUACUGUCGGACACAUUAAAGUUCAUCACAUAGCCUUUUUUGAAUGAUGACGAGCUUCUCCUAAAGUGUGCAGUUGCAAGCAGCAUAAACCCUACUACUGUUAUAGCAGAUACAACCACAGACCAAACCACGGAAACUACAACCAUGGAUAUUACGGCUGUAACUUUCUCCACCCCAAGUGUUGACCCCUGCUACACCUAUACCAGUCUGGAUGAGCCUCAGAGAAGCGCUGAAUAUUCUCACUAUAAAAAUUUCUUUGUGUGUGAUUAUUAUGUGGAGUGGAAUGGCUGGUACAGGCUGCUCUACAAUGGUCAAAAUGCUCAGAUGCCAGAAUCAUGUGUUUAUGAUGGCAUGUGUGGCACGUAUUACCCACUGUGGCUCAGCGGCCCUCACCCACAGCUAGAAGAUGGAGUGGUCACCCGUCCGGUCUGUGUCUCCUCAUGGAAUGGCUGCUGCGCUUUAACAUCCCACCCUAUAAGAGUCAAAGCCUGUCCAGGAAAUUACUAUGUUUAUGAGUUUGUCAAGUCAUCAGUUUGUGGAGUUUACUGUAUAGAAACAUCAAGUCAGUUCAUCUCAUCAGCGUCUACAACAAUAGAGACAAUCCCAUCCACAGAAUCCAUUACUCCACCAAUCACAAACACUGACAAUGACGUCAAUAUUAUGAGCCAAUUUUAUCCAUUUGGAACUGAAGACACAGUGAAUGGACGCACUGAUGGUGGAAGUUCAUCAGUUAUUUACCUCCAGCCGCCGUUUAUAUUUUUUGGGCAAACAUACAACCAAAUUUAUGUUAACAACAAUGGACACUUGACUUUUGACAGUGCAUGGUCCAGCAACAGACCAUACCAGUUCCCAGCUUAUGGAGGGAAAGACCUCAUUGCUCCAUUCUGGACAGAUAUUGAUACUGAACACCGUUGGAAGGGUGUUAUCUCAUAUCAACAGUACACCUCUGGCAGUGUCCUUACACAGGCGACCCAAGACAUAAACCAAUACUUCCCUGACCUGAGUUUCUCUGCUUCAUGGGUCUUUGUUGCAACAUGGGAUAGAGUUGCAUACUGCUGCAGUUCAAGAGAUGAAGAAACAUCUUUCCAAGUGGUUUUGAUUUCAAAUGGCUAUCUCUCAUUUGUUGUAAUGAACUAUGGUGCAAUCGCUCCAACGCAACGAUAUGUACAGGCUGGUUAUGACACCAUCGACUCAAGUCACCAUUUCUCAAUUACUGGAUCACUCCAGAAUGACAUCACAGCCCUACCAUACAGCAGCAAUGUCAAUGUGCCAGGCAGAUGGGCCUUCAGAACAGAUCAUGGAACACGGGGCUGUCAAUUUAAUGGUUUUCCAGUGCAGCUGGGAGACUCCUUCUGGAGUGAUGUCAACUGUCAGCAGAGAUGCACCUGUACUAGAAGUGGUCUCCAGUGCAGCUUUGAGACCUGUACUUAUUCCCAAGCUUGUCGUCCAGCUGCUUUCCAAUACUCUUGUCAGAACAUUCAGAGGCAAACAUGCACCAUCUCCGGUGAUCCUCAUUACUAUACCUUUGACAAUCAGAUAUUUCACUUUCAAGGAACCUGCACAUAUGUUCUGUCUGAGGCUUGUGGAAAUGGUUUGCCGUACUAUCGCAUUGAAGGCAAAAAUGAGCAUUGGGGUAGUACACAUGUCUCAUGGACUAGGAUGGUCAGAGUAUUUGUCUAUAAUGAAGAAAUUGAACUGGUCAAAGAUCACCAUUAUGAGGCAAAGGUUAAUGGGACCUUUCUAGCAUCACCAUUCACCCUCCACAAUGGCUCCAUCCAAGUCUAUCAGUCUGGAUUUUCUUUGGUCAUCAGCACAGAUUUUGGUCUUCUAGUGACCUAUGAUGCAUAUAGCUAUGUCACCAUCUCUGUACCUUAUGACUACCAGAAUGCCACAUGUGGUCUGUGUGGGAACUAUAACCUACAUCCUGAAGAUGACUUCCGUUCAAUCUCUGGGGAGAUCUUGAGCUCGGAUGUUGACUUUGCCAACUCUUGGAAGGUAGAUGGGGACACAGAUCCUGAAUGCCAUGAUGUCAGAUGCACAGGUCUUGCUUGUGCGGUUUGUACCAGCAGUGAAAUGAGCCUUUACAGUGACACAAACCACUGUGGAAUCCUAGGAGACGUUUGGGGGCCUUUUGCAUCUUGCCACUCUGUGUUUUCGCCACAGACCUACAUAGAGAACUGUGUCUAUGAUCUUUGUUCAGGAGGAGGGUACCAGCCUAUUCUGUGCCAGGCUCUCAAUGUGUAUUCUGCUCAAUGCCAACAGCAGGGUGUACAACUAGGACAGUGGAGACAACCAGGCUUUUGUGAAAUGAUAUGCCCUGAACACAGUCAUUUUGAGUCCCACGGAUCAGGCUGCCCUGCAACCUGUAGCAACCAAUCUGCCCCAAUAAACUGUCCCUUGCCCCGUCAGGAGAGCUGUAUUUGUGAUGAUGGGUACAUCCUCAGUGCUGGGCAAUGUGUACCUGAAGUGAACUGUGGUUGCACAUUUGAGGGCUUCUAUUACUCUGAGGGACAGUCAGUAGUAUUGGAUGAGGACUGUGGGAGACAAUGUGUUUGCAGUAGCAGGUCAAUGCUCUGCUAUCAGCACCAGUGUGGUCCAGCAGAGGUGUGUGGACUCCGUAAUGGUGUGAGGAGCUGCAGACCCAUCAGUUAUGCAACCUGUUCCGUUGAAGGCCUGGGUUCAUACCACACCUUUGAUGGACAAACUUUCAGAUACCCAGGAGCUUGUGGACUGACCCUUGCCAGAGUGAUGGGGCCAUCCCAACUACCAUACUUUGUUUUGACAGUGGAGAAAGUACCCAGAGGCCUUCAAGGCUUUUCCAGGUUCCUGAAGUUUGAGGCAGGAGGAACUCAUGUUUCCAUUGAAUUAGGAGAAGGUAGCAAUGUACAGGUGGAUGGACAGGUGGUUGGCCUACCCAUCAGUGUUGGUUCCAGUCAGAUCCGCAUCUAUCACAGCAGUGUGAGGGGUUUUGUUUUGAAGACAAACUUUGGAGUGACCAUUAGAGCUGACUGGCCGCACAUUGUCCGAAUCACAGCUCCAACCACUUACAAUGGUACACUUGGAGGUCUGUGUGGGAACUUGAAUGGAAACAUUAAUGAUGAAUUCUACAGCCCAGAUGGUGUCCUGCUGGAUGACUCUCAGCUUUUUGCGGACAGCUGGCGUGACGGAUCCCUGUCAGCCCAGUGUGAGGACCCAGCUGACAUUUGGGAACCAGGACUUUAUCAGAAUAGGAGUGAGUUCCGUGAGCGCUGCAGCAUCAUGGCAAUGAAUGAUGGACCAUUUGCUGAGUGCAGCAGAACACUAGACCCUUGGCAAAGAAUUGAAGACUGCAUUCAGAUGCUGGAGCAGACGGAGGGUGCCAGGGAGGCUCUAUGUGAAGCCCUGCGAGGGUACACACUGCACUGCCAACAGAAUGGCAUUGUAGUUGGAGAGUGGAGGAGUAUCACCCACUGUGAUCCCAACUGUCCAGCAAAUACUCAUUUUGAACUGUGUGGCACAUCCUGUCCUGCAUCCUGCCCUAGCCUCUCAUUUCCCUUCCAGUGUGCUCUGCCAUGCCAGGGGGGAUGCCAGUGCAAUGAUGGACUAGUGCUGGAUGGAGAUCGCUGUGUUCCCCCCACUGGUUGCGGCUGCCACUAUGAUGGCCGUUAUCGGCAGCCUGGAAAGCAAUUCUGGCAUGGUGAAGAGUGCCAGUCCCUGUGUGUCUGUGAUGGAAUCACUGGAAAUGUCCGUUGCACACCAUCAUCUUGCAGUGAACAGGAAAUCUGUCGUGUGGUGGAGGGGGAGUAUGGCUGCCACCCUAAUCCACAUGGUAAUUGUUAUACUUCUGGAGAUCCCCAUUAUAUCUCCUUUGAUAGAACCUACUUUGACUUUCAAGGCAAAUGCCGAUAUGUGCUGGCCACAGUGUGUAAUGACACUCAUGGACUACCACACUUCCAGGUGGAAGCAAGAAAUGAAGCAUGGAAUGGAUUGUCUGUGUCAAUAACUGUUGAAGUUUUUGUCAACGUCUCAGGGCAUCUUGUGCACAUGUCACGGGACAUGAACAGUUAUUCUGCUGUUAAGAUUGAUGAAGAGACCAGAAACCUCCCUGUCUAUCUUGACUCUGGUCGGGUGUCUGUCUACUCCACAGGACAGUUUAUAUAUGUCUCGACUAACUUUGGUUUCAGUGUCAGUUAUGGUGGUUCCUCUGAGGUAAAUAUUGUUGUGCCAGCAGAAUACAGUGGAGUUAUGUGUGGCAUCUGUGGCAACUUUAAUGGCCAUCCCGAGGAUGACUUCCUCACUCCGUCAGGUGCUCUGGCAUCAACAGCAGACCAGUUUGGGGCAGCAUGGAAGGUUGAGGAGGACAUGUCAUGCAAUGAUGACAAUGGGGACAGAGGUCCUGGCCAUUGCCAAGAUGAGAGCACAACUCAAGCCUUGUGUCAGAUCAUCAGAGACCAUCAGGGCCCCUUUAGUUUCUGCCAUGGUUCUGUAGAUCCACAGGUCUACUUUCAUAACUGUGUGUUUGAUGUGUGCAUUUCUGGGAACAGCAACAGUGUCUUGUGUCGCUCUAUCCAAUCCUAUGUGAGUGCUUGUCAAUCUGUCAAUGCCAUGGUCUACCCCUGGAGAGAACUUGCAUCCUGUGUCAUGGACUGCUCAUCAAACAUCCCAAACAGUCAUUAUGAGGUGUGUAGCACAGACUGUGGUCAUACGUGCGCCAGCAGCAUUGAUGCUAGUUGUGAACACACAUGCUCAGAAGGUUGUUUCUGUGAUGAGGGAUUUGUGAGGAGUGGAGGACUCUGUGUACCAGUGGAGCAAUGUGGCUGCUUGUAUGAUGGAUUCUACUAUCAUAUUGGUGAACAGUUCUGGGAUUCAACAUGUUCCCAACACUGUCAGUGUUUUGCUCCGAAUGAUCUACGCUGCACUGCAUCUUUCUGCCCAGUGGCCAUGGAGUGUGUGGUCAGAAAUGGACAUCGUGAUUGCUAUAGUACAAUGUCCACGUGCACAGUCUGGGGUGACCCCCACUACAUCACCUUUGAUGGGGCUGUGGCCCACUUUCAGGGAACGUGUUCGUAUGAGAUUGCCCAGACCUGCGGAAAUGUUACAGACAGUGAUCUGGAGUUCCGUGUGGUGGCCACCAACAGGCACCGGGGGAACAUGGUAGUGUCAUUUGUGUCUGCAGUGGAUGUUUGGUUGUCACAACAUGGACAACAGACACACAUCACUAUUGGGCAGAACAGGAGAGUCAAAGUUGAUGGAAAUCCUAUUGACACACCAGCUUAUCAAAUCAAUGAUCUUGUAGGGCUACAUGAGGAGCAAGGAUUUGUAAUUCUAAAUGCAUCCAAUGAAUUCAUUGUCCAUUUUGAUGGACAUAACAGCCUUCUAGUCAGAGUGAGCCAAAGAUUCUAUGGAUCUCUUUGUGGAAUGUGUGGAAAUUUCAAUAGUAAUCCUGCGGAUGACAAAGUGCUGCCCAGUGGAGAACUCGCUUCUGAUGACAUUUCCUUUGGCCACAGCUGGAAAUCAGACACCAGCAUUCCAGGCUGCGGUACCAGAGACCAGCCCGGUAAUGCUGAUGAGUGUCCAUCCAGGCAGAGGUAUUCUGAUCUCUGUAGUAUUAUCACUAACACCACUGGCCCCUUCCAGAACUGCCAUCUUCAUAUUGACCCUGCACCUUAUUACUACUCUUGUGUGUAUGAUCUGUGUCUCUACACGCGUGCCAAUGGCAUGCUAUGUUCAGCUGUUGAAGCCUAUAAGACAGCGUGUGCCAUCUUGGAGAUACAGAUCUCAGAAUGGCGUUCAGGUCUGCGGUGUGAUGUGAGAGAUCACUGUUCUGAACUCAGCUGCUCUGAGGAUGAAAGAUGUGGGAAGAAAAAUGGUGUUUAUGGCUGUUUAUGCAACAAUGAUCAACCCAAACCAGAACCUGACUCUUUUGAUUUAUUAGAAACCUGUGAAAGCAGCUCUGGAUCUAUUUCUGUGUCUCGCUGUCAGCUCUUUGAGGCUGGUUUUCCAGCUGAUGUCUUACACCUCAAUGAUCCCAGCUGCAAAGGAACGGUCCGUAAUGGCAGAGUCGAAUUCCAUUAUGAUAAUGAUAAACACAUCUGUGGUACAAAUCUUGUGGCUAACGGCACCCACUUCAUCUAUGAUAACUUUAUUCUGGGGACACCGAGGUCAGAAGGUCUCAUCAGCAGAGAGAAAAUCCUGAAGCUUUCUUUCAGCUGUGUUUAUCCUCAAACACAAACACUUUCCAUGAAUGUGGAAAUCAACCCACUGGAGAGCGUUGUGCAAAAGAUCCUCCCUGCUGGCGAAGGCAGAUAUCGUGUCCGGAUGAUUCCAUAUCAGGAUGAUGAGUUUACCCGGCCCUUCACUGGUGCAGUGGAUGCAGAGCUCGACCAGGAGAUGCAUGUGGAAGUUCGUGUUGAGGGGGUCGACAGCCGCCAGUUUGCCCUGGUGUUGGACAAGUGUUGGGCUACACCUGUGAAUGAUCCUGAUUACAGCCUCCGCUGGGAUCUCAUCGUUUCAGAGUGUCCCAAUCCAAAAGACGACACAGUGGAGCUGCUGCAGAACGGCGUCUCGACAUCCAGCCGUUUCUCCUUCAGGAUGUUUAUCUUCACUGCAAACUCCACUAAGCUUUACCUGCACUGUGCUGUUCACCUUUGCCUUCUGUCAAGCAACCAAUGCCCAAUGCACUGUGACUCUGGACACCAGCGGAGAGAGGGCAGGUCUCUGGACUUUCAUGACAGUGCCUUCAUUUCCAUGGGUCCUCUGGUUUGGUCUGAACAGAACUCAGACAUACAGAUUCCAGAAAAAGUGCAAGUGUCCAAGGCACCAGGCCUGUGUGGUUCCUUGAUCAUUUUGAUGGUUUCACUCCUUUGUGCCUACACUAUGUUGUAUAUUUAAACAUAGAAUUACCUUUGAAUUAUACAUUUCUAAUUUUUUUGUUCAUCAUAUUUGAUUUGUACACUGUAUGUUGGAUUAGGAACAAUUGGCACUGAACUUAUAAAUUGUUCUGCUUUGACUUGUAUUUUUACCUAAUAAUAAUGACUGUUAUUAAGAGAUGUUUCUGUCUAUUAUGAUAAAAUAAGAAUUAUUUUGAUUACUUCUUUAUUUAUUUGUAAUAUUUAAAAUACUUAUUUAUUUUAAAUACUCAAAAUAUUUACUGUGGAAAAUGCUUUUUAGCUGUUUAACUGUUACUUAUGAGGAGAAACAGCUGCCUUCCUCAAUAAAAUGAUUUUUAA